AAAAAGAAAAUCUCAUCUUUUAAAAAAAAUCCUCCAAAAUCUACAUUUUAGUGUCGAACUGUUAACUGUUGAACAAAUGAAAAACUGAGGUUGAAGACUUGUGAAGUCACAAGUCACAAUACAUUCCCUUCCAAGGUGAAACUGAGUUGCAAAUCUCAUCAUGAUUUAUCACCGAACAGCAAUAAAGAUUGUAAUUUCCCAAUCAUAUUCAAAUUUUUGUUGUUGAUGAUGAUGAUCAUGAAAGUGUCACAACAUCAUCAUCUUCUUUGGAGUUACUACUCUCAAAGAUCACCGGCUUUUGCUUCUUUAUUUGUUCUCCUUUUACCCAUCUUCUCCCCUCAUCUCUUCUCUCCUUUAUCUCGCUCUUACCCUUCUCUUUUCUCUGAAUGGAAUGCACCCAAACCAAGACAUUCCCGUCUCCUUCAGGGUGCAAUACAAUCGCAAACUCCUUAUAGACAGCAGCUUGAACUGUGGUCUCCAUUGCCUGACCAAGGAUGGAAACCAUGCCAUAAGACCAAAAAUACUCCUUCCUUGCCCGAGAAGUCACAAGGUUUUAUUCAAGUGUUUCUUGAUGGAGGAUUGAACCAGCAGAGGAUGGGGAUUUGUGAUGCCGUUGCAGUGGCUAAAAUUCUGAAUGCAACUCUCGUAAUCCCACACCUGGAAGUAAAUCCAGUUUGGCAGGAUUCUAGUUCAUUUGCAGAAAUUUUUGAUUUGGAUCACUUUAUCAAUAGCUUAAGUGAUGAAAUAUCUAUAGUAAAAGACUUGCCUGUUGAUUACGCUUGGAGCUCUAGGGAAUACUAUGCUACAGGGAUACGUGAAACCCGAAUCAAAACUGCACCUGUCCAUGCAUCAGCUGAUUGGUACUUGGAAAAUGUAUUACCUGUAUUGCAGAGAUAUGGAAUUGCUGCAAUUUCCCCCUUUUCACACCGCUUAGCUUUUGAUAACUUGCCUAAAAGCCUUCAACAACUUCGCUGUAAGGUCAACUUUGAAGCAUUAAAUUUUGUUUCACAUAUUAAGGCAUUGGGUGACUCCCUUAUUAGUCGGUUGCGGUAUCCUAAUGAGUUCUCUGGACAAAGUUCUAAAAAGUAUGCUGUGCUGCAUCUCCGGUUUGAUAAGGAUAUGGCCGCACAUUCCGCUUGUGAUUUUGGUGGUGGUAGAGCUGAAAAAUUGGCUCUUGCAAAAUAUCGUCAAGUCAUCUGGCAAGGAAGAGUUAUGAAAACUCAAUUCACUGAUGAGGAAUUGAGAAAUCAAGGGCGUUGCCCAUUAACCCCGGAAGAGAUCGGAUUACUGCUAGCUGCUUUAGGCUUCACUAAUAAUACUCGUCUUUACCUAGCUUCCCACAAGGUAUAUGGUGGUGAAGCCAGAAUAUCUACGCUACUUAAGUUGUUUCCACUUUUGGAAGACAAAAGGAGUCUUGCGACUGCUGAUGAGCGUGAAAAGGUUGAAGGCAAAGCUUCGUUGCUGGCUGCGGUUGAUUAUUAUGUAAGCAUGCACAGUGACAUUUUCAUCUCGGCUUCCCCAGGAAACAUGCAUAAUGCAAUCUUGGGACAUCGGGCAUAUCAGAACUUGAAGACUAUAAGACCGAACAUGGCAUUACUUGGCCAACUUUUCCUGAAUAAGAGUAUCGAUUGGGCCGACUUUAAAAAUGCAGUUGUAGCUGGACACAAAAAUAGGCAAGGACAAAUUCGAGUGAGGAAGGAGAAACAGUCUAUAUAUACUUAUCCCGUCCCUGAUUGUAUGUGUCGAAGCUAAAAUAAAGGUUUAUGUAUCUUGUUUCUUUUGCUUUGUUCUUCCUCUUGGGUACUCGUGCUUUAGCUAACUCAUGUCAUUAGUCAUUACUCUAAUCUUAUGGCCAGGACCCAUCCAUCAUUUGGAAUGAUAUUGUCCUCCCUUUCUUUGAGUUUACCAAAACCCAACAACAAACAAAUUUGAAAGGAGAGUUAUUAACCUCACUCAAGGAUCACAAAUUAAGGUUUAAAUGAAGGUUUGUGUUGUGUCAAUGUGUAUGAACCAAAAAUGCAAGUUUAUGAUGAAUGUAAAUAAUAAAUAAAUAAUCAAGACAAAGAUUUUAAGGUGAUUUAUUUGGGCUACAUCCACCAUCUAGCCUAGGAUUAAUAUUAAUGUGUUUAAAGCAGAAAUACAAAAUUUGAAGGAAUUACAAUAGAAGGGAAAAGAGGAGCUAAUUGAGAGUAUACUUGAGCAAGGUAGCUCACUAUAAUGAGACUUUGGUGCCACAUAACAUAUGGUAUAUGUGAGUAUAUAUA